AUGAAAGUGGAAGAAGAUGCAACAAUCAAACCUCUUCAAACUCCAUUUGGUUACCAAACAUUCCAUAAUCCGGCAAUGUUCACACCCUCCCAAAUAAUCAUGGCUAGUCAAUUAAUGGCUGCUACUGGCUUAACUUUAUCAGCGAAUCCAGCUUUUUUUCAUCCUGGACUUCUUCCGAUGCCAUGGGCUGCAAAUUCUACGCCGUUAAACUCGCCACCUUCACCACCAACCAGCAACGAACCCCUUUCUCCAGCACUCAUUUCGAGGAAAAAGGAUAAUAUCGUAAGCAGUAGUACCAUGAUGACAGAUAUUCGAAAAAGAAAAUUCAAGGUUGAGGAUGACGCCACCAGUGUUCCUCUGCCUUCACCGACAUCAAGCGUUUCACCACCGUCUGGAUCCGAAGUAAAGGACCAAAAUAGAGAUAAACAAUUCACUUGUCAAGUGUGUAAUAGGUCAUUUGGAUAUAAACACGUCCUUCAGAACCAUGAACGAACUCAUACAGGAGAAAAACCAUUCGAGUGCCCAGAGUGCCAUAAGAGGUUCACGAGGGAUCAUCACUUGAAAACUCACAUGAGGCUUCACACUGGAGAACGCCCAUAUCAUUGCGAACACUGCGAUAGACAAUUCGUCCAAGUGGCAAAUCUGAGGAGGCACCUUAGGGUUCAUACUGGAGAACGGCCAUACGCAUGUGAGCAUUGCAGUGCGAAAUUUUCAGAUUCCAACCAACUGAAAGCUCAUAUCCUGAUUCACACGAAUGAGAAACCGUUUUCUUGUGACAGAUGCCAAAGCAGAUUCAGAAGGAGGCAUCAUUUAUUGCACCAUAAGUGUGGAUUGCCCGAUAAAGAAAUGACUCCUGAUUCUGAUGAUGAGCAAUCGAAAAAAAGGAGAGCACCACAUCCUCCUGUCAUGCCUCUGAUGAGUUUUUCUAUUCAAGUUACUCAUCCUGAGCAGACUGAACCAGAAGAUCUCAGUAUGACUACUGGUUUACACUCAAACAGCUCCAGUGGAGGUUCACCAAUGAGGAGUCCGAGCUCUAGAGAUGAAGAAGAGGAUGAUUUGGAUCCUCAAGACUCUGUCGCAAUAUUUUUGCAAAGAAGGCCAUUAGGUAGGUCCUAG